UGAAAACAGACAAGAGCUGGUGAAUCUGGGCUGGAACACGUCAGCCAUAAAAAUAAUUUAUUUUUUUAUUUAUGAGUAAAAGUGACAGAUAUAAGCUACUGACUAAAAACAGUAGAGUUAUUUUGAAAACAGUGACUCAUAAAUUUUCAGAUAUAAAACAUCACUUUAUUUUGACGAACCUAAAGCAGGUUGAAUGUGGUUUCACCACAAAACGUGACAGGUGGCAGUUUAGUCGUGGAGGGAGCUGCCGCUCGGACCCGGACCCGUCGUCCUGAUUGCCGCCUGUUGCGGGUUGAGACUCUGGCGUCAGCAGAUGGAGCCACAGUGUUGGUGCCACUCUUUUUUUUCCGAGUCGCCACAGUGUGGGAACAAAGUUAACGCUGUUGUACGAGUUCUAAGCAGCCGGGCGCGGAUUGGCUGAAGCGUUCAACCAAUGGGAGCCGGCCAGAACAGGAAAACAAUAGUCCUGAAGGUCCGUGUGAAGUCAAGACUAUUUUUGGUGGGGCCCGCCUCGCUUGCUAUUUCUGUCAGCGGGAGAGCAGAGGGGAGGGGGCAGGACUCGAGGGGCCGGACUUUCUUUUCUGCAACUUGCUUCCAAUAAGUCUCUUUUCUUUCCUCCUCCUGUGCGCUGUCUGUCUGCCGACAACCCCGGCGGCUCUCACCAUCACCGCUCGAUAAGGCUCCCCGUUUCCUUGGAUGCACGCGCUCCGAGACCUCCUCGACUUCCGCUGGAUUACCCUCGAGCGCGCGGACUCGGACUUUCCGGAGGGACUUUCGGGUUUUGCCGGGUUGCGUCGCGCGAGAUGUUGACUAGCAUCGCCACGCACUCUGGAUAGACGUCAACUAGUUGUGGAUGCAUUUUGCCAUGUGUGCGUUUUCUCUGCACACUCAUCCCUGAGUGAAAUGCUGCGUCGGUCACUGCAUCUGAUUCAAAUAUCAGGCCGUGUGGCCUUGCAUCACAGAUGGACUCGGCUCCUCUGGGGACUUCAUAAAGACACGCAGACAGGACCGCGCAUUUCAUACGGUGACAGAUUCCUCGGCUGCGGCGCCGUUGUCGUGUGGAGCAUUGUUUCCCAUGGACCUCAGGGUGGGAGAGCGGGGGAUGCGGCCUGGAUCGGACACGGCGCUCCUCACCCCGCUGCACCCGCCUCUGCUCCUCUCCCCGUUCUCCUCUCAGCCCUGCACCUCCUUCUCCCAACAGCAGCUGCACCAACAAAUCAGGUUUAAUAUGGAGCAGAGGAGGAGAGAGCAGGAGCAUCACGAGAAACAGCAGGAGCUGCAGCAACUAAAGCACAAGGAUAAGAGUCAGCAGAGUGCGGUGGCAAGUUCGCUGGUGAAACAGAAACUGCAGGAGGUGAUUCUGAAGAAGCGCAAACAGUUGGCGCUGGAGAGGACGAACAGCCUGAGCGUAGCUCCCGUAGCAUACAGAAAUCUGGGCCCAGACCCAAAUGUGCCCCCCCAGCCUCUGGCCUCCUCUCCGUCACAGCCUUCGUCCGACGGUUCCGACGGGACGCCCUUACGCAGAGCAGCAUCUGAGCCCAAUCUCAAGGUGAAGCACAAGCUGAAGAAACACUUGACCACCCGCAAGAGCCCGCUGACCCGCAAGGAGAGCGCCCCGGCCAGCGUCAAGCACAGAGUGCCCGACACACUGGACUCGUCCCCCAGCAGCAGCAGCACUCCAGUGUCCGGCUGCAGUUCCCCUAAUGACAGUCUGCCCAAUGAGAAUGGGCUGCUGCCAUCUGCAGGAGGUCUCUCACAUGAGGCCCAGAAGCUGCUGCUCCGUGAUGGGACUCUGGCUAACUUCACCAUUCAGAGUCCCUCCACGCUGCCCACCAUCACGCUGGGACUCCCAGCCAACCCCAGGGGUGAAGGAGAGCUGCCCUCCCUCAAGGUUGGGCGCGUGCCGGUGGUCGCGGCCGGGGGCUCGCCCGUCUUCCUCCCGCUGAGCAGCAGAGAGGACCCCGCUGGGCAGCUGAGCCCCCACCUGCCCGUCAUCAUCCUGGAGCCGUCUGGACUGGUUCACACCCCACUGCUCACUGCAGUUCCCGGCCUAGACUCCGUCCCGCUGCAGUUUGCGUCCCAGUUAGACCACCUGUCUCCCGGAGCGGCUCAGCACCACAAGCCCCUGAGCAGAACACGCUCAGAACCUCUGCCCCAGAGCCCCAGGACCCUGCACGCACACUUCCUCCAACAACAGCACAGCACACAGCUACUGGAGCGGCUCAAGCAGCAGACUCAUUUGGGGAAGCUCAUGUCAAAGUCCAGUGAGAAGCCCAGGCUGCAUCAGAUUCCCUCUGAGGACAUGGACUCGGAGGACGGCGGGCGGGCGUCGCCCACGGAGCCCACGUAUCAGAGCAGAGCGAGGGCAGAGUCCCUGAGGGAGGCGGAGCCCACAGCAUCCAAAAGCCACGAAGAGCAAAUCAACCUGCAGCACGCACUCAUCCUCAACCAGUCAUUGCUAUGGGAACAGCAGAAGCAGCUGCAGCAGCUGCAUCGACAGAUGGAGACCCUGGCGGUCCCCAUGUUGCGGAGCAGUAGUGGGGCCGGCGGCGGCCUGGGCGUCCACCGACCGCUGUCACGCACGCAGUCGUCGCCAGCGUCCACCUCCCUCACGCUGCCGGAGAAACCGCUGAGCUUGGCCGCGCAAGACGCCACAAGCAAGCCGCGCUUCACCACCGGUCUGGUGUAUGACUCCCAAAUGCUCAAACAUCAGUGCACAUGUGGGGACAACAGCAGUCACCCAGAGCAUGCUGGGAGAAUACAGAGCAUUUGGUCCCGGCUGCAGGAGAGAGGCCUCAGGGGGCAGUGUGAGAGUAUUCGUGGCCGUAAAGCCACUCUAGAGGAGCUGCAGUCGGUCCACACGGAGCGUCACGUGUUGCUGUACGGCACCAACCCUCUGAACAGACUCAAACUGGACAACCGCAAACUGGCCGGAAUCCUCUCCCAAAGAAUGUUUGUGAUGUUGCCGUGCGGGGGAGUCGGGGUUGAUAACGACACCAUCUGGAACGAGUCGCACACCUCCACGGCGUCGCGCAUGGCGGCCGGCAGCGUGGUGGAGCUGGCCUUCAGAGUGGCCAAGAGGGAGCUGAAGAACGGCUUUGCUGUGGUCAGACCUCCGGGCCAUCACGCGGACCCCUCCAACCCAAUGGGUUUUUGCUACUUCAACUCGGUGGCCAUAGCUGCUAAGCAGCUCCAACACAAGCUCAACGUCAGCAAGAUCCUGAUCGUGGACUGGGAUGUGCACCAUGGCAACGGCACCCAGGAAGUGUUCUACAGCGACCCCAGCGUCCUCUACAUCUCGCUCCAUCGCUACGACGAUGGGAACUUCUUCCCUGGCAGCGGCUCGCCGGCCGAGGUGGGUUCCGGAGCAGGCGAGGGCUUCAACGUGAAUGUGGCGUGGACGGGAGGACUGGACCCACCCAUGGGGGACGCGGACUACCUCGCUGCGUUCAGGUCCGUGGUGAUGCCCAUCGCCCAGGAGUUCUCCCCGGACGUGGUUCUGGUGUCCGCUGGGUUCGAUGCCGCCGAGGGGAACCCCGCUCCUCUGGGAGGCUACAAGGUCACGGCCAAGUGUUUCGGUUUCCUGACCCGCCAGCUGAUGUCUCUAGCAGGGGGUCGUCUGGUUUUGGCCCUCGAGGGGGGUCACGACCUCACAGCAAUCUGUGAUGCGUCUGAGGCCUGUGUCAGUGCACUCCUGGGCAUACAGGACCCGCUGCCAGAGGAAGUCCUGCUUCGGAAGCCGAACGCCAACGCCGUCCACUCGCUGCAGACGGUCAUACAGAUACAGAGUCAGUACUGGCAGAGUCUGAAGGCUCACAGUGGCUCGGUGGGUCUGUCCUACGUGGCUGCUCAGAGAAGAGACUGUGAGGAGACGGACGCCGUCAACGCCUUGGCCUCGCUCUCCGUGGGAGUCCUCACUAGCAAGAGCCCGUCCGACGAGCCGAUGGAGGACGACAGCGACUCCAUGUAGGAGAGUCGGACCUCCCAAGAUCAUUGGGCCCAACUCGUAGCGCUGUGCACUCACUUGACCGCGAUGGGAGACUCAUUUGUAACACGUCUGAGCCACAUCCGUCUGCCUUAUUCACACAUUCACGAACACGCCAUGCUGAACCUCUGAAGCACCUCGAUGCUGGUAAAUACUGAAGCCUCACCUAAGAGCGAUGCAAGAGGACAUGUUCUGUGUCCUGACUGACGGUGGAGCGUGUGCGAGUACUGUUUGUAGGUGCAGAUCCACAGCUCUGACCAGGGUCCUGACAGGAAAGCAGCUCCGAUUCUGCCACCAGCGGCUGUUUGGUGCCUUUACUUCGCCUUAACCAGAGGGAUUUAUGAAUGCUCUUUUGCAACUUCCUGUAUCAGUUGAAGCAGCGACGGGAAGCAGAACCUACUGUAUGACUGGGUUAAAGCAUGCGUUGUGUGCGCGAACCUGACGGAGAGGAUGCAAAACAAGAAGGAACGGCCACAUCAAAAAGGGGCGGCGAUGGAAAAGAAGACACACGUGUGUGUGUGUGUUGAUGAUGUCAUCACAUGCAGUUCAACCACUAAAACAAGACAACAAAGAACUCAGUGGAAACAGAGGAAAUGAAGACCCGAAACAGACAACUGUGGUUUAGUAGAAACAAAGACAGGGCUAAUGUCCUCCUUGUUUUAUUGCACUGCUCAUUCCGUAAUGUGAACCAUAAGAAAUUCCAAAGCUCUGGGAUAGAAAAGCGUCUCUUUCUAGGCUAUUUAAUACUUUUUGUGGAUUGGGAUGACACAGUGUUUCUAUAUAUGACCCCCUCUUUUGAACGGAGAUGUCUUACAAAGUCUUUUAGGACGCACAGAGGCCAAAAUACUGUACGAGUGCAUUUGAUCGCAUCGUAAUUCCAGAGCAGGACUAUUCACUGCUGAUCAGUGUCUCACACACACACACACACACACGCACACACACACACCCAGACACACACAUACACGCACACACACGUACAAAGCUACAAUGCAACCUGUUGAUGUACCACUAGUAUUGAAUACUGUAUAUUGUGUAUAGUCUAUAUUUGAGACAUUCAUUCCACUGUGGCACCACUGAGGACCAUCGUAUUGUUCUAUACCAGCAAUAAUGUUAAAUGCACUUAUGGACAUCACCCAAAGAAAACUGCCUUACAACCGCCUGCACUUGGCUAGGGACUGUAUGCAAGCACCGCCAGGGCCCGCGGACCCUGCUCUACUACAAUGGAACCUGUGGAGAACGGAGACCGCCUUAUAUGCAGACCUCUGUAUCCUGUUUGUUUUUGUGGCCUCUGUUUCGUUGGUGUUUAUUCCAUUGUCUUAAUCGGACUUCAGUGAUUCGCGUGGUAGCUUAAAGACGCCUCGCUUGUUUUUCAGGCCGUCGUUGGUAGCAGCCACGUCUGAAAACUAAAACAUUCCCACGGUCGUGAGGUGUGAAGCUUCUAACACACUGAAUGACAGCCAGACAAAGGAGGUUCACAUUGGAAUGACCACGCUUCUACUGCGUCUCUGGCCUAAAGGCCUUUGUGUCUUUAGAUCUGGGAUUGGAUUUGAAGUGUUUGGAGUUGCUUUGGCGUUGGUGUGUAAAUGCUGGGUUUUUUUGUGUCUAGGUUCCACAGCCGGUCCAUGACUGGCCGGUGGGACCCUCAGUGUAGCGUCUUGAUAGGAAGCUGUAGGAGCCGGUUUGCUUUCCUCAGACCCUGGGCACCGUCUGCCCAACAGACCUCACAGCGUUUUUCAUAUGCUGACAGUUUUCUACUACGACCCAAACCUUGAGACCGUCCAUUAAGAAAAUGUUCAUUAGUUUUCGCAGAAAGCAAAUCCUUUAAGUGCUUUUUAUUCCUCUGGUGACGUUUCAUAAACGUUCAAAGCAAGUGACCAUUUACACAUGAUGUGUGUAUGUCUCACGUGUCUGUGAUGAAGACGUGUCAGACUCUGCUGUCUGUGCACUAAUGUGUUUGCAGGCGUCGUGUCCGUGUGCCUGUAUUUUACUCCCAGUGGCUGUUUGAGGCCGGUGUCGCCUCCGCGCCAGUGAUUCCCUUUGUUUCUGAUGUCAUUGUACCUUUUGCUUAAGGAAAGACUGUAAAUAGAAACUCAAAGACCAAAAUACACGUCACACACGUGCCUUCACGCCUUCAGUGUGUGUGUAUUGGUGACUCUUAACUGGACUAAAUACCUAUAAAUGUUACCUUGAACGGUUUGUUUCAUGCUGUUCUUUAUUAUUUACCUCUUAUGUUUUUGCUUUCACAUUUCCUACCGUGUGUGUAUAGAAAGAUUCUCUAUUUUGUACUGUUUUGUCUUUUCCUCUCGAUUAAAAAUAAUUUCCAGUAAA